UGGUACUGUGAUCUCAAAUUAAGACAACUUAACCAACAUUAGAAAAUUAAUGGGAUUGGUAUGUCUCUUUCUUAACUACCCUUUGAUGCAUCUUAAAAAUGACUCAUUUCCAAGGCCUCCCACCACUUUCCAACAACCUCAUCAUCAAAUUCUGCCUAACCUUUCCAAAUGAUCUAACUCUUUCUUUCUUUCUGCUAAAAAAGAAAAUACCCUUUCUCUCUCUCUGUGUCAUGGGAAAUGCAGCUUCUUGUGCUCCUUUAAUCAUCUCAAGUAAUGGAGUAGUCAAGGUCUUACCCUCUAAUGGAACCCUGCAAAUCUACACAAAGCCAGUAAAAGCAGCAGAGCUUAUGCUUGAAAAUCCAGGGCAGUUUGUCUGUGAUUCUAGCAGUCUGAAAGUUGGCCAUAGAAUUCAAGGUGUAUCAGCAGAUGAAGAGCUAGAAAGACACCAGCUCUACUUUCUUCUUCCUAUGGAUCUUCUCUACUCAGUUCUAACCCAAGAAGAAAUGACUUGUUUCACUUGUAAGGCUACAAAAGGUCUCAAGUAUAUCAAUUUGGGCAAGAUCAUUUUCCCAGUCUUUAGUGAGCUUUGCAUCUUUCCUUCAGAAAUCAAGACAAAGAAUCACAACCCGACCUGCACUGACACACAACUUGUUGAGAGGUUCUCUAAGCAAAGAUCAUGGAAGCCUGCUCUAGAGACCAUUCUUGAAACAUGAUAUUGUAUGUAGGCAGCUUGAAUGCUUUUCCUUUUUUUUUUUUUAAUCAUCAUUUAUUUAUUUACUUAGAUAGAUUUAAAAUACUUCAUGAUAUUUGAACUUUUUUCUGUUGAAGUCUCGUAGUUUUAAGGAUUAAGCAUUGAUAGAGGAAUAAAAUUUUGGAGAAUGUGGUUUAACUUUUGA